AAGAACACAGACAACCACGAAAUUACGAUGGCCUCGCCUCCAACUUCAGUUAUAAUGGUUCCUCAAUGGACUGCAAACCAAAUACUCCAACCUGUGUCUGUUGCACCUGCAAAUAUCCAACAAUCAUAUCAGAUUUUAAACAAAGGCCAACCUAAAGCACUAGGGGCGACACAGCUAGUUCUGGCUUUUCUACAAAUAGGCAUGGGAACUGUUUUGUUUUUCACUACACCUUAUGACUUACCAAUCAGUUCAUACAUUGGCAUUAACUUCUGGGGAGCAGCAUUUUACAUCAUUUCAGGUUCUCUAUCAGUUGCAGUAGAAAAUAAACCAUCUCGUUCACUGAUCCAAGGAUUCCUGGCUAUGAAUAUUAUUAGCUCGCUGGCCUCUUUUAUUUCAGUUUGCCUUUUCAUAGCUGAUGCAUGCAUUUUCUAUUAUUGCAAUGGGUAUUAUUAUGAAUGUUAUAACAGUUAUACUCUAAGUAGCAAUAGAAUUACUGUGCUGUCCUUUUUGAUCAUUGCCUCUCUCCUGGAAUUCUGUGUGUGCGUGUCUCUAUCUGCCUUUGGAUGUAAAUCUCUGCGCCAUAACUCCAAUGCUCCAGCUCAGGUGUUCGUGAUACAAAAUGAUGCCAGAUUUCCUGGACCAAACUUUAAUCCUCUGGUUGGUAACCAAUAUGAAACACCUCCAAACUAUAGUAAUAUUACAAAUACUGGUUCAGGAAUUCCUGUGGCUUUGGGACAUGCACCUGUGGCUAAAUAUUGACCUUCACAUAACUAAAGCAAUGGGCACAAAUAUGAAAUUUCCAAGCAAUAUCCAAUGUGUAUACAUACGCUUCAUAAACUUAAUCCUGAAUAUGCAUUACUUUGAGUUGUGUUUCUUAAGAAAAGCUGUAAUUAAUUGAUAAUGAAAUCAUUCUAAAAAUUCUAAAGUAUGUCUGAGUAACUGAAGAUGAUUCUUAGCUUCACUGAAAAAGGUUAUUUACUAAAAUCCAAACCGCAGUAUUUACCAAAUGGCAACACUUAGGCUUAAAUGCCUGAUAUGGAAACUGUCUUCAGCUCAGCUAUGGUUGAUUAUUGUCACUUUUAGCUUAAAUUUGCUACCACGUGGGGUUUAGUGUAUAGCCCACUAUGGUUUUUCUAUAUCAUUGACAUAUAAAUUGAUGGUGAAAGUAGCAAAUGAUUUCUCGGAAAACAUGUAACUUUACUAGGGCAAAUGACACAUCUCUUCAACUGAACCAAAUAUCCAUAUUUUAAUAAUUAUUAUAUUAUUAGUCUAUAUUAUUAAAAUUUUAGGGUCUGAGAAAUGCCCACUUUUGUUAUAAUCAGUGACUUCAGUGGCUAUGCAUAAUGGUAUGAUGUUAAUGAACUCUUUGUAUUGUAUUUUAUUAUUUUGUAACUUGACAUGGAUUAUAACUGAUUUAUGACAUUGUCAGCUGCUCACUACAGUUUCAAUGUGACUGAUCUAUAAAGUAACAUUCAAUUUUGCUUUUCUGACUGUGCAUAUACAUUAUGUGAAAUUCAUGGAAGUAAAUAAGACAAUGAUUGCCAUUUGUGAUGACAGUAAAACUGUGAAUAAUUUUUAAGUGUGGUCAUUGUUUCUUUUUUCACGUUUCGUUCUCCAUAAUAAGUAUAGAGCCCAUUUAAAAUAUUAGAUUUACAUG